CUGCUGCCUCCCAACUGGUACGAGUGCUCGAGCAGCAACCCGGGAGAUGGUGUGGUCCGUGCCAAGUAUAGAGCACAUGCCAUCCUUACAGUUCGAUGGGACGAGUUUUCCUCUAUGGAAGGCUAGGCUGUUGGCGUAUGCCAAGCUUAAAGGCGUUGUCAAUGUGUUUGCAACAGACCACGACAGAAUAGCAGCCCUCGGAACCCCAGUAUGCGAUCGCGAAGCUCAGGAGGAUGUCGCCAACUGGAUCCUACUCUCAGCCAUGGAUGCUGCCAUGUAUGAUUUGGUGGCCCAUCUAGCUACGCCGCGCCAGCGAUGGACUGCGCUUCUCCAGCACUUUGAACCCCCGUCGCAUACGAGUACCGCUGUGGUCGCUGCCAAGCGGGCCUUCUACUCCAGCGAAUACGACCCAUCUACACAAUCCAUCGCCGAGUAUGUCAACCGCACGCUGUCCUUGCGCGAUGCCGCAGCGGCGGUGGAUCCGUCCAUCACCGAUGCCGUUGCCGCCGAAGUCCUGCUGGAAGGCGUGCGCAAGUCGCAUCCUCAAUGGGUUGAAGCAUGUUGCCGAGGGCGUGCGGGCCAAGUAACGUUGUCGCAGGCGGUGGAUUUCUUGUCCCCUCCGCCAGUACCUACGGGCCAUGUUCCCAAGGCAACAACGUACAAACGACCUCGCGUUGCCACAAAGCCGUCCCCUGCCUCGACGGACGAGAUAGUGGAGCACUCGGCAGUGAAACGACGAAAGGUCUUACCAUCAUCUGCUGCCUUCAAAGCUGCCGACGACGACUUGACGUUUCUCGCCAUCAAGCAGGCGCUGCCGUCUGCGGGGUGGACGUGGGUGCCCACACCGGACGGGCUCUUGUACUGCAAGCCCCAUGUAACCAUCUCCACAUCAAACGGUGACGUGGCAGUCUCCGGGGCUGUCGGACGCGACUACUUCAACUCCCGAAGGGCGUUUGAAGCGUUCAUUCGAAGCAGUGCCCCGUGGAUGGCUUAUGUCAAGAGGCACCGAGCGAAUGCAAGACUCACAGUCGUCAAAUCUCCAGGAAACGACCAUCUCAACGGAACCACAGCCGCCACACCUCAGACAUUGACCACAUCCGACGAGUCAUUCGAGGCGGCGUGGGGUGCCGUGUUGGACCAAGUGUGGCCAAACCUCGUGGCAGACGGAUGGAGCGUCCAGGUUGGCGACCGCCCAUUGUAUCUCUCGCCGUUAUUAAAAUCCAAGGCUGAACCCACACCGAGCAAACGAAUCGCACUGUUGCAAGCCGUGCACUAUUAUUAUUACGUCUCCCAGCAAGAAGGCGGCGACCAGCGAGAGACCUCAUGGUUGUGGUCGGCCGUGUGGGAGUUGAUGAAACGGCAUCGCAAGGGCGAAUCAACGCUGCGACGGAGUCACGUGGUGUAUGUGACGCCGAUUCCUGGUCGAGCCAAAGCACAGACGGCAAGUGACCAGCAGAUGGAGCGAGGCCACCACAUGGCGUGGUACUCGUCCAAAAUGGACGCGGUGGUGGCGUUUUGCCGACGGGAGCGCGACUCCCCCCACUACCACAACGAACCCCUUCCUCUGUCACAGCCAGGCAAGUUGCGAAUCUACUGCGCUGUUCCCCAUUGCGCCAAGCGGAAGCAGUACCAUCAUAUCUGCUGCGCGCACGGAGGCAAGGUGUGGACCCCGGAGACAUUGGCCAAACAUGUGUCGGAAGGAGGUGGGCGGUAUCCGUUUGGACUGGUGUGGCUGGUGUUGCAAAAUACCAUGCACUGGACCACGGCUACAAGCGAUGACGAUAGCCGCCACGACGACGAUAGCCACGACGACGACGAUAGCCACGACGACGACGAUAGCCACGACGACGUGAUGGUUGAACCCACCACUGGCCAACGGUUUGCACUGGAAGCCGACGUGUGGGCGUACUUGGAGGCGACCCCCGGCCUCCUGCAAGACAUCGAGGGGCGCGUGUACUCUGACCUGUUUGGCAGUACUGUGUCCAGUUCGGGGAUUUGGAAUGGCGGCGGCGCAAGUCGCAGGCAGCAUCGCCAAGUGGCCAAGAUCACGAACGUGCCAGUGACUUUGCACGAUAUGACGACUGCGUUGGGGCAGCGGGGGUGGCAGUUCGUGCCCACGGGCAAGUUCCAUCGACUCGUGUACUGCGCGCCCCAUGUCACAUAUACGGGGGCGUUGUACAAGAACUUUUCUGGACAAGUGGGAGUCGACUAUUUCAUUCACGCCGACGACUUUCAAGCGCAUGUAAGAAAGGACGCGGCGCUCAUGGCCCUAGUCCGGCAACAUGCUAAUGCGGACAGUUCCAAGGAGCAUCUCAAGUUGCGCCACGUCGAGGGGGUGCUGCGACGGCUGGGCUGGACAUCAGUCAACAGCACGCUCGGAACAGAGUACUUUAAGGUUCAAGGGGGCGAUGACAAGCUAGCCCUUCCGGGCGAGAAUGGGGCAGGUACUGCCAGAAUGGAGAAAAUUGCACUGAAAUUGCUGCAAAAGCAGUCCUUUGCUGGGCGUAAAAAGGGUGGCAAGAAGGGGAUUCACAGGCAAAACAAAGCGGGUACGCGAUUGGACAAGGCGGGAACUGUGAAACGUGGGGGGGGCGAGACUGUCGAGACGAGGGGGGGGCGGGUGUCCAAGAAGAAGUCGCCCCAUCUCGACGACGACUACGGUGCAGCCAAGGGCGUUGGACCGUUUCGAGUUCAGUUUGCCAACGUGUACAAGGAGCUGCAGUCGCACGGGUGGUUCCAUCGGCAAGGGAAGUUUGGGUUUGAUUACUUCAAGCCCGAACAUCAUCCGGAAAACGACGACGGGCCGGCGACCCCCAGGGUGUUCCACAGUGAAGCGGACGUCGAGGCCUUCCUAAGAGAACACGGGAUGUGGGGCCCCCUGGAGGCCAAGAUAUUGGCCGAACAUGCAAAUCGCCCUUCCAAGGUGAAAAAACGUCGCCCAGGGGUAUGUACAACGACAGAACCAAAACCGCCAAUGACCCAAGAGGGCAAUGUCGACGAGGGUACCGACGCCCGUCGGGAGGGGGCAGCCACCUCGUUUUUAACCCGCCCCCCCAUCCCCCCCGCUGACAAUCGACCUUCAAAGCCAAGGAGGAGGACGCCAAAGGCACCCCCGUCGACGGCUUUGUCGACGUCGCUGGCUCAAGCCACUGAACAACAUAAAGUCGACGUGACGAUGCACGGGCACGAAGGGCACGGUGUGAGCGACGCCAACAUUUACGACGACUCGAUCUCGGACCAGGAAGACGAUCCAAUCAAGGUGGAACCACCACCGCCCAUCCCAACCUCGCCCGUCGAUCCGUCGGCGUCGCCUUCAUCUGUCAUUAGCGUGUCGACAACCACUGCGUCACCCGACGUCCAGCCAGUCCGCCGCGUCGUCGCGCCGCUGUCUCCUCGAGAUGCCACGUUGUCGUCGCGGGAACAAACGUUCGACCACCCCGCGCACUUUGACGCGGAAAUCAGCCGGUUGCUAGGGCGACUCAGCCGUGGGUUCCACGUCGAGAAGAGGGUCGACAGCAUGGACGAUGGGGCGUGGAGGUCGCUGCAAAGCUGCGUCGACAACGCGGUCGCGGGCACGACGAAGGGGGCCAGCGUGGUUGUGACUGGCCUGCCAGGCAGCGGCAAGUCGACUCUGCUGCGUCGACUGGCAGCACACGUCCAGAGUCGGGACCAACAACCUGACGCUGCGCCUCGUCCUAUCCACGUCGUACAAAUCAACGCGAUGGAGCUUCAAAGCACCAGUUUGGUCCUGCGGACGUUGGCGCGCCAAGUGACCCAGCAAGCGAAUUUUUCUACCGAUCUCGACGCGGUGGCUGCGUUGGACGCGGCGUUCGGGGAGCAACCUGUCGUCACCACGUGUGUAUUCUUGGAUGAUGUCGACGUUUUGCUCGACGGGUUCGACGAUACGUCGCUGUGCCGCCUCUUGCAGUGGACAUGUGCUCCAACGUCGUCGCUGGUGCUGGUUGCCGCCACCACCGCCCCCGAGAUGUUGCGCAUGUACCUGGAUCAUGCCGUGCGCCAUGGCUUUCUCCAGUUGAAUGUAGCCAACGAUAUACUCAAAAUGGAGGCCGUGCCUCCUUGUACACAUGACGUGCUGUAUAAAAUCCUAUCGCAGCGCGUCGAGCCUUCUUCUUCAACGGCGGCGGUUGUGCUGAUGGACGCCAUGGCGUUGAUGUACGUCGCUCGCAAGGUGUCGUUGAUGCCCGCGGGCACAGUCGGCAUGGCGCUGGACGUGUGUCGCUUCGCCGUGCAGGCCAAGCAGGCGUCGGGGGUUCGCACCCCCGUGUCUCUCUCGGAUGUGCUCGACACGUUCAAAGCGAGGGCGUCGUCGGCGACCGCCACAGACGCGAUGUUGAUGCCGCUGCCUCGGACCAUCCAGGUAUGAAUAUAUAUAUAUCACUGUAUGUGUUGGAUGCAACCGUGGGAUGUGGUAGCUCGUGGUGCUUGCAGCGUGGCAACUCUAUCAACGCAACGACGUCGGAGCCGACAACGAGUCGGAGGCGGCGCUGCGAAGGGCGUACGAUGCCCUGGUCGCCCCCCUCGGGACGUAUCUGGAGCUCCCCGACGCCGCUUUUCACGACGUCGUGGUGUUGCUGCACUCGAAAGGCCUCGUCACAGGAGACGAGGAUGGACAAUCCGUCCAAUUGCGUGCAAAGUGGAAUGACGUGGCCGGGUACUUUGCCCGGGAUAGGUUCUUUGACCCGUUUGUUAAUCGACAGGACGAUUGAUACAUACAUAUAUG